AUGAACAAUUCUAAUGAUGAAUUCUUACAUGUUAUUUACGAUUAUACCAGUAAAGGAGAUGAUGAAUUAACUUUAAAACGUGGAAGUGUAUUAGAAGUUCUAUCCAAGGACGAGAGGAUCUCCGGUUCCGAGGGAUGGUGGACUGGAAGAUUGCUUAAUUCGGAAUCAGUCGGUGUUUUUCCGGCGAAUUUCGUGGCAAAUGCCGAGCCAAACUUGCGAAUCAUUGAUUACAAAGAUUUACAAAUCGGUGAACUAAUCGGAAUUGGAGGAUUCGGUCAUGUACAUUACGGUAAAUUCGGCGACGUUCAUGUCGCGAUCAAAACUGCCAAAUCGUUGACUUCCUAUAACAUAUUUUCGACAUCGACAUCACAAAAAACUUCGAUGGACGAUCAAUCUGAUGCUGUACAUAAAAAUCUCAUCGAUGGUCUUUUACGCGAAGCACGUCUUUUUUCCAAUUUAAAUCAUCCAAAUAUUAUCCAGUUGUUUGGUGUCAGUCCAUGUUUAGCGACAAAAAAUCUCUAUCUUGUUAUGGAAUAUGCACACGGAGGAGCAUUAAGUGAACUACUGUAUCGAAGAAAAUCCGGUCUCUUUCCUAAUGUCUUCAUUGAAUACGCAAAACAAAUUGCAGAUGGAAUGAGAUAUCUACACGGUGAAGCACCUGGACUCGUUAUUCACAGAGACUUGAAAUGUUCGAAUAUUUUGAUAUUAGAAUCUAUCGAGAAUGUUCAUGACGAUUAUGAAUUAUUGCAAAAAACGUUGAAGAUUACAGACUUUGGUUUAGCAAAAAAACAAUUGCAAUCGUCAAGCAUGACAACUGCGGGAACAUAUCCAUGGAUGAGUCCUGAAUGUAUUCGGAACAACGAAUUUUCCACGAAAUCCGAUGUUUGGAGUUAUGGUGUUCUACUUUGGGAAUGUUUAACCGGCGAAAUUCCUUACAAAGGUUUUGAUCAGAUGCAAGUGGCAUUUGGCAUUGCAACAAAUAAGUAUUCACUUCCAAUCCCCAGCACGUGCCCCGAAGAAUUUUCUCAGCUGAUGAAAGAAUGUUGGCAUGUUCUUCCUCAAAAUCGCUUAUCGUUCAAUGAAUUACAUGAUCGAAUUGUAAAGAUCAUUGAGACGAACUAUUCCAAUGCAGAAUUAAACAAUAUCGAGACGAACGAAGGCUCGUAUUCGUCAUUACAACAAGAUUGGCGUAAGGAAAUUCAAACGAUCUUCGACGAAUUGAAAACCAAAGAACAGCAGAUUCGUGAUCGUGAACAAGCGAUGCUUCAAAAAACUCUAGAGCAAAAUGAUCAACGUUUGCAACUAGAACAAUGGGAGCACGAAUUACACGAACGAGAAAUGCACGUUAUCGAACGUGAAUUAAGCUUAUUAAUGUUAACAAAUCAACAAGAACGCCUUCAGCAUCAAACACCCAAAGCACAAAAACGUUCUGGACGUUUUAUGCGUUCACUUCUACAUGCAGCUUUGAAUGGAAAUGCCAGUCUUUCAUCUGCCACAGCGACCAGUUUAAUCAGCAGUCCGACCAAUUUUCGUCAUUUGAUAUCCGUUUGUCGCGAUCCGGUCUCAGAUCCUUCAUCGCCAAUUGGUUCUUCAGCUAAAAGUACACCAACAACACCAAACUUAAGUCGCCUUCGAACAUUAACUUUAAGUGAAGAUCUGACUCUAAAUAAACUUGAUGAUGGAGAAUUUUUAAUAAACAACGAUGUUCAUCAACCAUUGCAAUUAAACGGUGUGAAUUCUCCUGAAAAGCCGACACGUUGUUCAUCAGGAACACUACCACGUUCGCGCUGGCAUAAUCCCAAAAGCUGGUCAUCAUCAGCGGGGGUUAAGCGAAAACAUGGAAAAACGAAAGUUCGACCAGGCGAAGCCAAAUGGUAUUUGGACAGUGAAUCAUCAAUCAGUAAAGCCAAUGACGACGAAACAAAAUCUGCUACACCGAUUGUUGAAUCCAAUUCAAAACAAGAAAACUCCGAUGAAAUAAAUUCAUCUUCGUCUUCCACAUGUUCAACUCCCAAUGACUGUUCUCUCUCGCGUGCGUUUUUGGAUAUUAACUCUUUCUUAGUUAGUAUUGGACUUGGCCGUCGUUUACCUACUCACUUACCUUCAUCUACCUCAACUCUGAAAAGUCCCCCGAGUGAAAUCAAAUCCAAACAGCAAAAUCCAUCAUCAUCGUCCGCGAAUACCACUCCAUCACCUCUAACAAAAAAACAACAUAAACGAGCUUGUUCAUCGCCGACAACUAAUGGACUCGUGAAUAUCGGUUAUUGCACACGACCUGCCUUUUCAUCGACUCGACCCAACUCUCUUGUUCUUUCUUCUACAUCAUCAUCAUCACUAGGAUUAAUACCAAACAUAAGUCAAUCAGAUUCUCAACUAGAUGAAACAUAUUUUCAUGCGACAAAGCAAGAAGACAGACAAAGCUCGAUUGAUGGUGCUGCCAGUGACAAUUUCUACUCCGUUAAAUCAUCGAAAAUGUCCACAUCGAUGACUACGUCCAAUUCUCAACCGCUACUGAACUGUCCUUAUUUAAUCGAUAUUGACACUGAAGAGCAACUAUCACACAAAUAUUUCCCUCGUUGA